UUGCAACCUAAAUGUGAAAACAGUUCUCUCUAUUGACCUAUAACUUGUCACUACACUAUAUGCUCAAGUAUUAUUCUUACUCAGAGGAAACGGAUGUGCGCUCUUUUUAUACUCUUAAGCACAUUAUAUCAUGUUAGGUGUAAUACUAUUCCUGUUUCUCCACUUACCAGUUCUGAAGACAGAGCUACAACAGUCCCCAGUAUUUUUGAGGGCUCAUCCUGGUGAAUCUGCCAACAUCACAUGCUGCAUUCUUACUGAAAUUGCUUAUUGUUCUGACAUGGUCUGGUACUUCCAACAACACACAGAAGCUCCUCAGCGGAUUGACAAAGACAGCAGAACAUCCACGUCUGAUGUAGCACAAGGGAAAAAUUGUGUACUAAAAAUAAGUAACCUGAUGAGAACUGAUUCUGGGACAUAUUUCUGUUCAGUGUGCAGGUACAGGACAAGCCUUUUUGGAAGUGGAACACAGCUCAUUGUCAAAGAUAGUGCUGGGGAGAAACCUUCCAUAUUUAUUCUUGGUCCGUCACAAGACAUGAUUACCAAAAUGGUUAACGUGAUCCUAGUCUGCCUGGUGUUUGAUCCUCCUGACAAUAUGUCUGUCUACUGGGAUGUCUCUGGAGAAGUAGCAGCAGGAAGAAUGGAUUCUGAAUUGAUUACUGCAGAUGGAGACUACAGUGUCACUAAUGAAUUAACAAUACCCAUUGAUACUUGGGACAAGAAGCUUUCUAUUAGAUGUAUAGCUGGAACAGAAUAUAGAGACUACAGUGACUAUACUCUGACUAAAGGAGUAUACAAACAAACAAUUGCUAAUCUUCUGAGAGAAAUUAUCAUUCUCCUUGCCUUCAUCAUGAUCAUUUUAUCUAUUUGCUGCAAAACCAGAGUUGAAAAGCAUAAGUUGAUAUUUCAGAGAACCAUAAAAAAAAAUGCUCUGGAAUUUAAGAAUGCUUUCAGACUGCAAGGUGUGGUACAAGGUCUGGAAAUGUUUAGUAGGAGUUUGGACAAAUAUAGUGGUUUCCAUACUGUCAAACGUAGCGUGAUAGUAGAUCUUAUGGAAAUGGUUUUGUCAAACAAUUUUGUUGGAUUUGAAGGUGAACUAUUUAGACAAGUGGCAGGAGUGGCCAUGGGUGCUAAGUGUGCGCCAAUCUAUGCCAACUUGGUACUGGCAGAAUGGGAGAUGGAGAAGGUGUUCCCUACUGAGUAUAUGAAACAGUUUGCAGUGUCUGGGGAGCUGAGCCAGUUUAUUACUUAUAAAGAUGAAUUUAAGGCUGCAAACACCCCAUAG